AUGGAAACCUACUCGACAUGGACCGUGACCUCAGACGAUGGCGAACUGACACAUGGUGAAACCCGCCUUCUGCCAGAAUCCUACAAAGCCCAAUCUAUCGAGCUGAUCUCGCCGGUUUUCCGCUUUGACGAUCCUCAAUCUUUCUCCCAGAUCCGCGAAAUGCUCGAAGCUCUCAAAUGGCUAGAGCAGCGCUUCAAAUGUCACUUCAUCGUCAACAAGACUUGCGGAUUUCACGUCCACUUUGCGUGUGGCAAGGAGAAGAUCCCGGACGACACAGCUAAGUGUAUCUACCAGAUCUUCCUCGCUCAUGAACGAACCAUCGACUCGAUUCACGCGCGCAGUCGUGUGCUGGCGCCAGCCUGGAAACGCCACGAUGACAUUGAACGGCCUCUGUAUGCACCUCUUUCUGCUUUCCAGGGUGCUGCACAUCUCCUGCGAAAUUCUAUCCAAGGCGAGCAAGACCGGAACCUCUUCGCCUGGUUGCGUAGGGUGGAACACUGCGAUGACUAUGGCGAUAUAUGCAAAAUGUUUGAAGCAGAAUUCAAGAAGGGCUACCUCGAUGGUCACUGUGCAAACGUCAAUUUUGAUAACGCGCAUGCGCAUACUGAUCGAAAUGGUGCGCAAUGUACUAAGACUACGAUUGAAUUCCGGCAGCACCUUGGCACGCGAGAAUAUGACGAGAUGUACCGGUAUGUGAAGUUCCUGGGAAGCGUCAUUACUUGCUGCCAACAAGCAAGCGAUGAAGCUUUCAUCGAGACACUUCUCAGUGCUACGUCGCCAACAUACAGCUUCGACCAGCUCUGCCAAGCUGUGAAUGUGCCGGAGGAUGCCCGAGCUCUCUUCCUCCAGACACCACCUUCUAUCGCCACCUUCCCAGCCGUUGAGACACCAUAUGGAGCCCCAAGCAUAGGGCAAUUCCUCGCCCAGAACGCGCACGAGAAUGCACUCAACAGAGAUCCAGCUGACGUAAACAGGAUGCGAGCAGAGAAGUAUAGUACAGGGUACUAUGGUAUCCAGCCGAAUGCCCAGCCGCUCAUCUUCGAUCAGGAGAAGGUCAAGGACUUGCUAGUAUCAGCACGUGAAGAUCUGUCCCGCUCACGCUUUGAGGAAGUCACUUCUUCUAGUCUACUCUCGGAUGAGGAGCAGAAUGAUAAGGUCAUCGCGAGGAUGAACGCGAAGUGGAACGGCAAGUGA